UAAGGCUCUAACUGGAGAAGGAAGGAAGAAAAACAUAUCAAGAAAGCCAAAAAAUAAAAGAGUCGAUGACUCUCCACAGCACGCCACUGUCAAGUUUUUCAAACACUUCCACACUAUAAAACCUAUGCUAUAAGCAAACAAAUCCCACACAACACUAUCUCAUGUUCAUCUAAAAUCACUCAACACACACACACAUAAGGAGAGAGAUAAACAACGUGAUGGAAACGACGGCAGAAGAAAAUGGCCUAAAGAAAGGGCCAUGGACACCUGAAGAAGACCAGAAGCUCGUUGACUGCAUUCAGAAAUACGGCCAUGGCAGCUGGAAAGAGCUUCCAAAGCUUGCUGGGCUCAACAGGUGCGGCAAGAGUUGCCGCCUGCGUUGGACAAAUUAUCUACGCCCUGACAUCAAGAGAGGAGCCUUUACUGACGAGGAAGAAAGGGUCAUUAUCGAUCUUCAUGCAGAGCUAGGCAACAAGUGGUCGGCUAUAGCUAGUUACCUGCCAGGGAGAACCGAUAACGAGAUCAAGAACUUCUGGAAUACUCGCCUCAAGAAAAAGCUGCUACGAAAUGGGAUAGACCCCGACACCCAUAUGCCAAGGACUCAUCUUGAUACCUUGUUACCUGUAUUACCUCAGCUUCUCAGCUGUAAUAGUUCAAGAACUCAUACCUGGGAAAGUGUUGUGAGAUCUCAAGAGAAUGCUGCUCGUCUCGCAAAAAUUUUACUGGUAGGUAACAUUUUACAGUUGUUGAACUCUGGUACUACAGUUUCGCCUCAUAUCCCAAUGGAAACUAUUAGUCCUAGCCUGGGAUCUGCUCGAGUCAUGAGCAGAACACCAUGGGAUUCCCUUAUGAUGGGAUUGCAGUCGGAAAGAUUCACUCCAAAAGCCGAGUCUGACACUCUGACAUGCCAACAGAGCUUCAAAGAUGCACUUCAACCUGUCUUCCAGAACACAACGGAAACCGACAAUAUGAUGGAUAUAAAUAGCAACAAAUUUGGGGAAUCAUCUAACAUGUACACAGAUUUUGACAUACCCGAUCUCGUCUCAGCAUCUCCUGUGUGUUUAAGUAAAGAUCAAGAACCAAACAAUUUCAUUAGCCCGGAUGAAUUUUCCAACCCUCCAACUACUAAUACAAUGGAAGAUAUUCUUAUGGAUGAUGAAGCAAGCAACUACUACUGGAAACAAGUCCUUGAUCAAGCCAGACUGUCGCCAUGAAUCAUGAUCAAUAUCGUUUCUGGACAGGCUGCUAACAGAUGGUGCCAAGAGCUAUGUUGCAUCUCAAGGAAAAUACCAAACAUUUAGCAAUGAAAAUUACCAGAUUUCAUGUAAUACUAUUUAUUUGUUAUGGUACAGAGCCUGUGAUCAUAUCCGUCAGCAGUGUGAUUCAUGUUAUCCACAAAUUUUUCCCUAAAUUUUCCAUGUAUGAUUGCCAAAUAAGUUCUAUUUCCUUAUUAUGUAACAAUCCAUUUUGAACACAGAGUAAAGAGAAGACAUUCAGACUGGCUUGUGCAAUAUUCAGUCUCUUCCUGAAUUUAUUUUUUCUUCUGCCUGGUUUAUUCUGAUUGCUGGGCUCACCGUAGCACUCUCCCCCCCCCCCCCCAAAGACUGACACAUCUAAUCAUAUAUUUGUUCUUUUCACUUGGUUUUCGCAAACAAGGGGGUGUGAAAAAUAACACGAAGAAGUCAUACUAUUAGGUAAACGAAACCGUUCAUAUGAAAGAGUAGAACUAAAAUGUCAAACCACCUUAUGUGGAGUGUCACAAUCCAGGCAUUGAUCUUACAUGAGUUUUGGUCUAGGUAAAAUAUGCCUGUGAAUAAUAAUUUUCCAGUAUUGGCCAAUAGUAUUAGGUUAAGUGAGCUUUUAAAGUUUAAACUGAUAAAAAAGUCAAUAUCAAAAUAUUAGGUAGGGUAGAAAUCACAUAGAUACAUUAAGAGAAACUUUUAACAGACAUACAAUGUUGAAAUAAAAUGUUAUUUUAAUUUUGCCAGAAAUAGCAUAAGAUCAUAAGGAUAGUCAACAAAAGAAUCCAUAAUUUCAGAAAUCAUGUUUCUUCCGCAGAUAUCUGAAAAUAACAAUAUGUGAGUAUAAGAGUAGGUUCUUACCUGAUACAAAAAGUAAUUGGGUAUAAGACUUCCCAAUGUACAAGUAAGCAAAAAACCUUCUGUAACAAGCGAUGAUCUCAUAAACAAACUAACCCACCAACCUUUACCAAUAUUUUGAUAAAUUGAACCUAAGUUUUUGCCUCCAUCUCGUCAGCCUUUAGAGCAUAUAAGAAUAGUAUAAAUGAUACUUGCACUCAGUAAUCACCAAGAAAGUAAAUUAAAAAUACAGGAAUAUAAUUCAAUUUCUUGAUAGCCAAUCUACACAUGCCAAACUUCAUCAACCCCAUGCAUACCAGACUUAGCCUAGAACCAGUGUGGUAUCUAUUAGUACAAGACAAGGAAACACCAUACCAUAGCAAGGUUUGGCAUAAAAAAAGAAGCAUUAGUUUAAAAUCAGAAAUGAAUAGCUUUACCAUCAUCAAUGUUAUAUAAAACUACGAUUGAUCUAAAGAAGAUCUCUACUUAGAGGUGAGACAUUGGCGUAGCUAUCUAUCAGGGGCUUUUUUUCCUCGGUAUCUAUGUAAUUGCAGACAUGGAAAUGCUUUUCGCCAUGUACAAAAUAGAAAAAUAUGAUACAGUAAACCAAUUUUCAAGUGAUCUGCGUAUUCAUAGUAGAUAGUUUCAAAAAUUUCCUGCAAAAACCAACAUUCCUCUUACAGGUCAAACAGCUUUAGAGGUUGUAGCAACCCGAGCUGGAUGGUGCUAAGCUUUGCUGUGAUUACUAGAUUCGUCUAUGUAACCUUAGAAGACACAGUAUCAUGACUAACCAGAAACUAAAUGCCUUUGUAAAUUAUAACAGGGGUCCAAAUGUUUAGCUUAGAAGUUUCAAUUGCUUAGUUAACUUGUCUUGCAACUCAUGUUCCCUCUAACAUUGCUAUUAUUUUUGACAAACUGGAACCUGUCUCUGGAAUAUGACUGGUAAAAGCAUUCAUCCCAGAUUAAGAACAACUCUAGAAAUAAAAUCAG